AUGGGUUCAAGAUCUCCACAGAGCCCUCUGAUGGGAGGCAUUGUUGAUAGACCACAGUGCGCAACUAUUCACGAUGCCUCAACAGGAUCCGCGGGCGAACUUAACGGGGACAAAAAAUACCAAUAUAGCAACCGCCUCCUUUUGCCAGUCCACUUCGACGAGGCCAAAGGACCAGCCAACGACGUCCAAACGGCAGAAAACAGAGUAAUGCUUAACAAGGACCACUGCACCAUAAUUCAGGGCCUCCUAGAGUCCUCCAACAGUACCCCAAAGGAACAAGUCGUUGCUGACUUAGGGCAGUUCCAGAAACUCCUAAAUGAGAUGCUGCAACUAACGGAAGAUGUCACAGUCCUAGAGGCGUUUCGUCUUGGUAGCCGUACAAACGCCGCUCCACGGACGCGACCACGACCCCUAAAAAUUGUCGUAUGUAGCAAUGAGCAGGCGAAUCUAACCCUUUCCAGGUGUUUUUGACUGAGACAUUUCCAAAAUGGAGUGUUUUUUUAGCCAGACAACUCACCUGCCGAGAGAAUGGAACGCCGGGAACUUGUCCUAGAAUUGAGAACACGGCAAAUCAACGGAGAAAAAAACUUGGUAAUCUAUAAAGACCGGAUAGUCAAACGACAUUCCGCUCACCUCUGGAUCAAGCCGAUCCGAAUGACCCCACAGAUACCCCAUGCGCCUGUGUCUGAGUUGAAAAGAACUAUCUCAUGAACUAGAAACUCAUAUUCAUAAAUACUUACACGCAAAGUGUACUUUCGAAACUGGAUGAAUUCCGUAUCCAUACCUUCGACCUCCACCCGGACGUUAUCUCAAUAACAGAAACAUGGGUGUCCGAACAGGUUGAUGAUAGGGAGCUCAUGCUCCCUGGAUUUCAACUGCUCCGCAGAGACAGAGAAAACAGAAGGGAUGAAGGCAUAUCAACAUUUGUUAAGAACGGCUUGUACGUUUAAGAAAAAACUGCCAAAUUAUCUUAUAGUACGGAAUCGUCAUGACUGACCAUAAGGGCGCCUGGCUCUCAAAGGCUCGAUAUGUUGACUAUAUAUCGCCCCCUAGGAAUGACGCUGACGCUGAUGCCCAAUUGUUGAAGGAGCUCAGAUUAUUUUCAACGCGGCCGACUACCCUCAUCGUUGGGGAUUUUAACGCACCUCACAUAAACCGGAUCUCUGCCUCAGCCGACUGCUCUGAAGCAGCAUUCGACUAGCAGCUACUGCGUACCUCCGACAAUCUGCUUCUCAGCCAGCACGUAAUGUCUCCAGCGAGAGUUCGAGAGGGUAACAACUGAACUGCCUCGAUCUUGUGUUCACCAAGUCGUCUGACAACAUCGACGUUGUGAAUCGCCUCCUCCCGUUGGGUCAGAGUGACCAUGUAGUUCUCAUGUGGGAAUACACCUUAUCCUCCCUGUCUGCGCAACCGUUCGAUUCCCGACCCAAUAUUUGGCGCGACGAUUUUGAACAGAUGAAAAAGGAUCUAAGUCCUAUCGACUGGGCAUCCACUCUCGUCGACGAUAUCGAAGAGGUUUGGUGUCAGCUCAAAGAGAUAGACCACAGCCUCAUCUCCAACCACUGCCCCGGCAUGCGCAGAAGACUAAUGAAUAGAUCCCGUUGGUUGACUUCGUCCUUAACAAGAAGAGAAAGCUAUGGAAAAGAUCUCCGACUGACCGGACGCCUGAAUCUCUAAGCAGUUAUUAGAAACAGAGAAAUCGGGUCAAAAUUCUCAUUGUCAGAGAUCGAAAGCCUUUGAAAAGGAUCUUUUGAACCGUGUCAUGAUUAAUUCCAAAGCCCUUUACAGCAGCAUAGGACAGAGCACAAGAAACAAAGAUCCCAUCCUACUGCUGCGAACGGCCGAGGGAACGGAAAUCUCAGAUGGCAAGGAUAAGGCUGAGCAUCCCUCGCAGUUCUUCCGGUCCGUCGUGACAAGUGAACCGAAUUUUUUCUCACCCCCUUGUGCAGACGAAGAAACACCGACCCUCGAAUCCGUCUUCUUCUCCGAAACAAUCAUUCAGAAGGAGUUACUAAAUCUAAAAGAAUCGGCCUCCCCAGGCUCUGAUGCAAUCCCGACCAAGCUGCUGAAGGAGUUAGCUCCCGAAGUGUCCAAGCCGUUAGCCUUGAUCUUCCAAACACCAUUUGUUACUGGAUGCCUGUCCUCUUAGUGGAAGCCCGCUACCAUCACUCCGCUUUUUAAGGGAGGAAGUCGUGUGUCUGCGACUAGCUACAGGCCAGUGAGUCUUACCUUCAUCUGUUGCAAGAUCAUGGAGAAGAUCAUUAAGAAGGCCUUGAUGCAGUUCCUCGAUCAGCGCCACCUCCUCUCCGAUAUCUACACGGCUUUCGAAGUGGUAGGUCCUGUGUCCUGAAUCUGCUCUUUACGCUCGAACGCUGGACCAAAGCACGCGAGGAAGGCAAUGUGUUGCACGCCAUCCACAUCGACAUCAAAAAGGCCUUCGAUAGCGUCCCUCACCAACGUCUCUUGCACAAACUGCGCAACGCUGGAAUUCGUAGAUGCCUUCUUGUACGGAUCCAGAGCUUUUUGGCUGGACGGUCCCAGUGAAUGCAGGUCGGGCGUUAACAGUCGUCAGAGGUAAGCGUGGUGAGUGGCGUCCCACGGGGCUCAGUCUUAGGCCCCACGUUGUUCCUCGUUUUCAUAAAUGACUGCGUCGAGGACAAAGUCUGUGAUGCCAUCCCAUUUGCCGACGACAUAAAAUUGUGGAAAGCUGUUCACAAUGCGGCAGACGCAGACCACCUGCAAGCAACCUUGAACAGGCUCGAGAAGUGGUCGAAGCGCUGGCUUAUGCCCUUCAAUAUAAGCAAAUGCAACUUUCUUCAACUCGGCAGCUUCAGAUCCUCCAGCACACCACUGCAACAGGUUGACAGUCAGGACUUCAGUGUAUGGAUUACAUUUUCACUCAAACAAACACUGCACUGCGUGAGGGCGGCUUAAUCGGCUGCGGCUACAUUGCAACUCAUUAGGCGAGCCUUAACGGGAUUUUACCCUGACUACUUUUCCAAACUAUUUGGCCCCUACGUGAGGCCUCAUAUAGAAUACGCCACACAGGCGUGGAGACCCUGGACUGCCAAGGACUAUACCGUCAUGGAGAAGGUCCACAGACCGGCGACCAAAAUGACACAAGGUCUGGGAGCACUGCCCUAUGAAACCAGACUGUCAACUCUCUACCUGUUCCCCCUUUCCUACAGGCAAUCACGUGGUGACCUUAUACUAACAUGUCGCAUUAUCAACGGCCUAGACUGUUGUUUAGAUUCCACUGAUUAUUUCGCUCAAGCUAACAUGCCCACUUUGCGCGGUCAUCCCCCAAAACUACGCUGAGGGAAAGCAAGGAUCAAUGGACGAAAGUUCUUUUUCUGUAACAGAGUGGUUGCAGCGUGGAGUGCCCCGCUCACCGAUGUUGUAAUCUCCUCCUGUGUGAAUUCCUUUAAAUUUAGACUGGACGCGUAUCAAGCUUCCCAAUUACCCGCCUCACAUCCACUCACAUAACUCGGUACCAACUUUUACAUGUUUAUGCUACUUGUAAUUAGUAAGUAACAGUUAAUAACUACUCGUUUUCGACUAACUGCCGGCUGUCGGGAUCCAUCUAAACUUUCGAAUACUCGUAUGGAUGGCUGCUGUGCAUUAAGUUGUAUCUACCUAGCAGGAAACCCACGACUGUUAUUGCGGCGUUAAUGACAGGAAAAUGAUGACGAGUUGCAAAAAAUACCGCAAUUUUCACAUUUACUUUCAAAUUUUCGUCCGCCACAUAAUGCUUGUUGUGACACCAUCAGGGCCAACGCUAUGAGCUUGACGAAGACGCCGAAUCACAACAGCCACAUCUCACAGAGUGAAAGUUAUAGUUUUGAGAGAUGCUCCGGCCAAUGCCUGGAUGGUCGGAAGCGGAGUGGUCGAUUUUUAAUGAAUGUUUUGAACAGAAAAGUGCUGAAACUAUCAGCGGUUAACUGGGCAUCAGCUAUAGGAAUCCCGAAAGCGUCUCGGAGGGCGGGAUGCUGCGUCUUUCUGUGAGUUCAUACUUUUCGAGAGAAAAGUUUCGAGAUAUUUAACGAACGGUUUUCAAUGAAUUGGACCUCUUCGGCUAACUGUUUUUCUUCGGGCAAUCUCUUGGCCCGCUCAAAAAUAUCACAAAUACCCACACCUAGCUAAUCUACGAUACCUGUCACAUAACCUAACCUCACCCAACACAGAAUAAGGGGGCGACGUAGACACGACGACAGUUCGAACGUCGUAGACAGCGAUGCCCACCUCUGCCUCAGGAGAUGUACACAGCAACAAAAACCUGCAUGUAAAUUUGUUUGUGGUGAAGCAGAAUUGCGCUGCUCCCACUCACAGUAGGUGGGCUAACUCAUGAAAUGUCAACCGGAAUACUGAAAUGCGUUUUCAUUUCGAAAAGAUGAAUAAAGGAAGGUUGUAAAACCAAUCGUCAUGCAGCAUAAUUCUAUCAUAUUUCAGUUACCCUAGGAUGCCGGCUUUCGAGUGAACUUCCUUUCGGCUGCAUGCGAAACUACACUCUGUAAACAAUGGCUACUUAAGUAGCCUGUUUUUUUUUCUUAUUGAUUUUCGAUGCCCCUAAAAGUCUAAUUAUAUUUCAGGGAAAGAUGCAUAAAAAUAUUCAUUCUUUUGCCCAAUCGGUAGAUACUUACGUCGUCUUCCAAUCUAAUAUUUGAAGGAGGGACAUUAUUCGGUUUUAAAGAGUUUCUAUUUGUGGGAUUUUUAAAUACCGUGAAGUGGUCGUUCACAAAUCUUCAUGUCUCUGCAUUUACCAAUGAAGCUUGCAAAUGUAACAAUAUAGAUCAAAUCCACUGCUUAAUUUUUUGAACCCUAUAUGAUCUCCCUUUAUUACCGUAGAUAAAUGUGCGGUUUUCCGUAAGCGGAAAAUAUACGGCCUGUAGUUUUGAAACCGUGAAUCCAAGUGCAACGGUAGAGCGGGUUCAAAAUUAUUCGGAAAUUGGAAAAGUUUUUGAAAACCGAAGUAUACCCUUCCUUCGAGUAUAAGGUUGGAAGAAGACGUAAUGUUCUACCAAAUGAGCUAAAAAAUGAAUAUUUUUAUGCAUAAUUUCCAUGAAAUAUAAUUGGACUUUUAGGGGCAUCGAAAAUCAAUGAGAAAAAAUCAUACUAUUUAAUUAGUCAUUGUUUACAGAGUGUGGUUUUUGCAUGCAGCCGGAAGGAACUUCCUUCGAAAGCCGGCACCCUGGGGUAACUAAAAAAUUAUAGAAUUAUGUUGCAGGCCGACUAGUUUUACAACCCUACUUAAUUAAACUUUUCGAAACGAAAGCCCAUUUCGGAAUUUCGGUUGACAUUUCAUGAGUUAGCCCACCUACUGAAAUCUCUUCUCUCUCCCAUCCUCCUUGCUCAGCGGUUGACAAGGUCAAACAGUCCGUUCGCGCGUGCCUCGCACGACCUGGUCAUGCUGAAUUUAGUGAGAGAUAUCGGUUUCCCCUGUAGGCUUUUGUACAUUUUUGUACAUUUUGCUUGCGACGAGUAUGUCUUCCAUUCGCUUACGCCUACAUUGACGACAUACUCGUCGCAAGCUCUUCGGCAGAGGAACAUGCCUCGCAUUUACGCCUCAUAUUCGAUCGUUUCCAGCAACACGGUUUGCAAUUAAACGUCGACAAAUGCGUUUUGGCGUUAAUUCUCUCGAUUUUCUUGGCCAUCACAUCGAUCAGCACGGAAUAACUCCACUUACAGAGAAGGUGCAAUGCAUCUUGUCUUUCCCUUUUCCCAACACACUCACUCAGCUGCGACGUUUCAUAGGCCUUAUCAACUAUUACAGACAUUUUAUUCCCCACUGUCCGGCAAUCCUGGCUCCCUUGACUGACCUUUUGCAGUCGAAAGCAAAACCUAUUGAACUUUCACCGUCAGCCCAGACAGCUUUUUAGGAAGAGAAGAAGGCUCUUGCCGAUGCCACCAUGCUGCACCACCUCAGCUCUGACGCUCAUGCACAGCUCAUUUUGACCACUGACGCUUCCAGCAGUGCUGUCGGCGCAGUCUUGCAGCAACAGGUGAAUAGCCAGUUGCAGCCUUUAGCUUUCCUUUCACAGAAGCUACAACCGGCGCAGACUAGCUACAGUACUUUCUCUCGCGAGGUCCUUGCCAUCUACCGGACCAUACGUCACCUUCAACACCUUUUAGAUGGCAGAGACUUUUCGGUCCACCCCGACCACAAACCUCUCACUUACGCCCUCAAGGCCAAGCCAGAUCGGUACUCAUCCACGGAAGUUCGUCACCUGGACUAUAUAUCGCAGUUUACUGCAGAUAUCCGCUACGUCCGAGGCAGCGACAAUGUCGUUGCUGAUGCAUUAUCCCGUCCGGACAUCAACACACUCACAUCCGAUUUCGACCUGGCGAUGCUUGCAGACCUCCAAAUAGCAGACGAGUCCAUCGCGGACUUACGUACGUCUACUACUCUGCAGCUUCGAGAUGCACCACUUCCUGCGUCACCAGGUACGAUUUUGGGCGAUUGGUCCACAGACACCCCUCGUCCUGCUGUUCCGCUACCCUAUCGUAAGGUCGUCUUUGACCACUUUCACUGCCUUUCCCACCCUGGCAUCCGCGCCGGACGUAAGUUAAUUGCGGCUCGUUUUGUUUGACCGAAGAUGAAUUCCGAAAUUGCUCUUUAAACCAAACAGUGUCAGGCAUGGCAGAAGAACAAGGUGCAUCGGCACACCUUCUCCCCUCCAAGUACCUUUGCGGUCCCGGACGUUCGAUUUAAUCACGUUCACUUGGAUUUACUCGGACCGUUACUCCCUUCACGUGGGUACACACAUAUCCUGACGGCAGUUGACCGUUUCACACGAUGGCCGAUUGCCGUUCCUAUCUCGGAUACCUCGGCAGAAAAUAUCGCCAUGGUUUCUCUGACCCACUGGAUCUCAACUUUUGGUGUUCCCGCCACCCUUACCACUGACCGCGGAAGUCAAUUCCAAUCUAGCCUCUUCCGUCAGUUCACUAGACUGCUCGGAUGUGCGCAUAUCACAACCACGGCAUACCAUCCUGCCUCCAACGGCCUCGUUAAGCGUCUACACCGCCAACUCAAGUCCGCACUGAUGUCCCAAACAGAGUCAGCUACUUGGAGUGUCAAUCUCCCUCUUGUGCUUUUGGGCAUCCGAUCUUCUGUCAAGGAGGACAUCCAAUGCACUGCCGCCGAACUUGCGUACGGUGCACCCCUCCGUCUGCCCGGCGAAUUUGUGCAGCCUUCCACGACAAACACUAACAUCCCGAGCACCUUCGUACAGCAGUUGAAACAACGCAUGGCUCAACUGCGUCCAACCCCCACUCGUAUGACAUCGAAACAUGUGUUUGUACAAGAGGACCUUAAAUCUGCCCCCCCCCUUGUUUUCGUCCAGCAUGACGCAGUGCGCAAGCCCCUUUGUCCUCCCUACGAUGGCCCAUAUAAGGUCGUUCAGCGGAAAGACAAGUUUUACGUCCUUCAGAAGGCUGAUAAGACUGACACGGUCUCCAUUGACCGCCUUAGGCCAGCCUAUCUGGAGUGCCUCCCGUCGACCAGUGCGCCAUCCAUCCCCCCUACUAUGUCCUCACCCGAUACACCCACUCCGCUCACCUACCCUUCAUCACCACACUUGACCAUUCUACCCACCCAACCGGAUCCUCCUCCUACACCACCGCCCAUGUCAUCUCGUUCCGGUAGACAUGUCCGUCUUCCCGCCAAACUUAAAGACUUUGUAGUGUAA